AUGCUCGAGCGGGCCUUUGUCUGUGCCCAAUGUACAACACAAUUGGGCCGUUCCUCGAUAUUGAGGUCUAAUCUAAAGCCGGUGGUGUCAUACUCGGUGCGCCGACUGAGCAGUCAUGCCGCUCAAGUUGAGCGACCAGCACGCAUCGCGAUUGUGGGCUCCGGUCCUGCAGGAUUCUAUGCAGCGUCGCGUCUACUGAGCAAACAUCAAGAUGCAGUUGUGGACAUGUAUGAGAAGCUACCAGUACCAUUUGGAUUGGCUCGAUAUGGUGUGGCCCCGGAUCAUCCCGAAGUAAAGAAUUGCGAAGAUAAAUUCACCGAGGUCGCAACCUCUCCCCGCUUCAACUUUGUAGGCAAUAUCGACCUCGGCAACGGCCUGCCACUCACCGCACUCAAGCCUCAUUACGAUGCCAUCCUAUUCGCAUAUGGAGCGUCCAAAGAUAAAGAACUAGGAAUACCCGGAGAAAAGGCUCUCCGUAGUGUAUACUCAGCUCGCGCCUUUGUUGGGUGGUACAAUGGUCUGCCCGAGCAUCGGGAUCUCCAACCCGACCUGACCGGUGGUGAAGAUGCGGUGAUCGUUGGCCAGGGUAACGUGGCACUCGAUGUCGCUAGGAUUCUACUUUCGGAUGUGGAUACCCUUCGGAGUACUGACAUUGCCGACUAUGCGGUGGAGGCGCUCUCUAAGAGCCGAAUUAAGCGUGUGCGAGUCGUUGGUCGCCGAGGACCGUUGCAGGCAUCUUUCACAAUUAAAGAAAUUCGAGAGCUUCUUCAGCUUCCGUCUGUGUCCUUCGACCCCAUCCCACAGGACGUGUUCCCUCCCGACGAAGUCAUCAACGGGCUACCCCGAGCACAGAAGCGACUGAUGCAGCUUCUUGCCAAGGGCUCUGCCAAUGAUCCCCAGACAUCGACCAAAUCAUGGUCCUUGGACUUCCUUCUCUCUCCCGACUCCCUGCACUGGUCACCCAUGCACCCAUACCGCCUCAUGCAUACCAAAUUCUCCCGCAAUGAACUCGACCCUGCGGAUCGUUACAGCCCCAGCUCGAAAGUGAAGCCAAAGCACCUAUCUAGUGGCAAGCGCGCUAUGGUCAACUUGCCUUCUAGCGUCUUCUUCCGUAGUGUCGGCUAUAAGUCGCUUCCUCUGCCUGGCAUGGAGGACCUGGGGAUUGAAUUCGAUUCUCAGCGUGGUAUCAUUCCCAAUGACGGAUUCGGUCGGGUCACGAGCCCGUCAGGUCUGGGUAAAUCCCAAGAGUUGCCUGACGGCUCAUUGAUCAGCUAUCUACCCGGUCUAUAUUGCGCUGGUUGGGUCAAGCGUGGCCCGACCGGUGUUAUUGCCUCUACCAUGGUCGACGCAUUCACCACUGCGGAUACCGUGCUGAAAGAUCUGUCUACCAAGGAAGACCCCCAAUCACUACUACAGACCUCCGAGCAGAGCAGUGGUCUUGGUUGGGAUGGAGUCAAGGCCGAGGCUGCCAGCCUUGGCCUACGCACAACUUCUUGGCAAGACUGGCAACGUAUUGAUGCAGCUGAACGUGAGCGCGGCCGACAAAAGGGAAAAAUCCGCGAUAAGCUUGGACGCGUUGAAGAGAUGCUCGAAGUAAUUGGAUAG